AUGUAUUCUUGUCUUCACAAUAAAAGCGUAUUUACAGGACCUGUGACCAGUCUUCUGACUGCAUCCGCAGGACAAGAGCAACUUCACAGAAAGAAAAAAGUAAGCAUACUGUCAACCUUUAUAGCACCCUUCAAGUACCUGAGUCCUGGCGCAACCGCCAUGGAGGAUGAAGACAAUUUAAGUACCAGCAGUGCAGAAGUAAAGGAAAAUCGAAACAUUGGCAACCUGGAGGAUCAUCCAAUAUCCUCUAAUGAGAGGGCAAGAGGGGGAACACCUAGUAGUAAGAGAAAAAGACCUUUAGAGGAAGGCAAUAAUGGCCAUUUCUGCAAACUCCAGCUCAUCUGGAAGAAAGUCUCGUGGUCAGUGACACCAAAGAAUGCUCUGGUUCAGCUACAUGAACUUAAACCAGGUUUACAGUAUAAAAUGGUUUCCCAGACGGGUCCAGUGCAUGCUCCAGUCUUUGCUGUUGCUGUGGAAGUAAAUGGACUUACGUUUGAAGGCACAGGGCCCACAAAAAAGAAAGCCAAAAUGCGUGCUGCAGAGCUAGCUCUGAAGUCAUUCGUUCAGUUCCCCAAUGCCUGCCAAGCUCACUUUGCCAUGGGGAACUGCAUCAACCCAUCCACGGACUUCACUUCUGAUCAGGCAGACUUUCCAGACACUCUGUUCAAGGAGUUCGAACCAUCUACACACAGCGAGGACUUUUCAGUCUACAACCCCGUUAAUAAUGAAUUGCUUUCCACUGCUUAUCGACACAGGCGCUUACUCUGCCAUACCCUGGACUUAAUGGGCCACGGUAAGCAAAACAAGCACAAGAUGGCAUCCAAAGCAGAGAGCGAGAAGAACCCAGUGGUGCUGCUAAAUGAGCUGCGGUCAGGCCUGCGGUAUGUGUGCCUGUCGGAGACGGUGGAGAAGCAGCACAUCAAGAGUUUUGUGAUGGCAGUGCGAGUGGACGGGAGAACAUUUGAAGGCUCAGGACGUAGCAAGAAGCUGGCCAAGGGUCAAGCAGCACAGGCGGCCCUGCAGGCCCUCUUUAACAUUCAGCUGCCCAGCCACAUUCCCAGCAGGAGUAAAUGUCACCAUUUGCCACAGGAUUUUGCCGACUCCGUAUACCAAAUGGUUGCACAGAAGUUCCAGGAGCUGACAGACAAUUUCACUUCCAUGCAUGCACGCCACAAAACUCUUGCAGGCAUUGUGAUGACCAAAG